AUGCCCCUGCCCCCGUCCCACCCUGCACCCACACCGCCGCCUCUGCCCCCUUCGGUGCCAGCGCCCACACCCCCGCCUCCGGACCUCGUUAAGCCUUCGCAGUCACCUUUUCAACCUAAAGCUUUUCAGCCAUCCACGCUUGCUGAGCCACCUUUUCAAUCGCUAGCUGUUCAGCCUCCGACGCCUGCUGAGCCGCCGCUGCCGCCCCCGGUUAUGGCUCCGCAGCCACCAUUUCAACCGCCACCUGUUCAGCCAUUGCCGUCAACUCAGACACCGUCUCCAGGUCAACCAUGGCCACUUAUACAGCCGCUGUCGCCUCAGCUGCCGCUACCCACGGUGGAAAACUGCAUCAAGCUUUUUGAAACCGUCCACAAUGCAGCCGACGUUGAUUAUUUGAUCGAUCUCCUGGACAAGGUCUUGGAGUCUCUUGUAAACAAGUCAAAAAAAGAAAAGACGUUAGAGAGAAGCAUUAGUUCAGAAACAUUAUCAGAUGCACUGAACGGGAGACGAAGGAAACAGACAAGUUGUAGCAGGAAUAUUGCAAAGCGUGGGGAAGGUGCAUUGGGUGGUUGGAGGGUUGGCUGUUGUUGCUUUCUUGCUGGACCAGAUUGGUCAAAUUUCUGA